UAUGGAUUACUGAAGUCGUUGUUUGCUUUUUUUUUUAUAUUCUAGAUAAAUUUCAGCAUAGGGUAUAACAACACCAUACAUAUGUAUUAUCUGUUUACUUUCAAUUAGUUUGUGUUCUAUAUAAAAUGCAUAUAAUAUUUGCAUUUUUCUUUCAGCAUUUUUAUCUUAAUACUUAUGUGUUUUAACCUCAAUUGAAUGUUAUAAAACAGUUAUUACAGAAAACAAUUGAAAUGAAAUUACACUUUUUACGUUGAUUAUUUGCUAAAUAUUGCGAAGCAUAUUUUUUCAAUAUAAACAAUAACAAUCUUAAGAGGUAAUGUCUACUUCGAGCAGUAUCUCGCAGUCUGCAUCUGAGCCAGAAACACCACAGGGUACAAAUCAAAGUAGAAUUCAAAACUUUGACCAAUCUCUUAAUCAUGUGGAGUUAGGACAUAGCAUUGAACAGUCUAUGAAGAUUGCACAGAAAGAAAUUCAUCAAAAGAGAAUUCAAUCAUUAAGGAAAGAGCUUGACUACUUAAAAUCAACAGAAUGGCAAUUUGAAUUUGAUAAGGGAUUUGUACAAUAAAAUUCAAUAUGAUUUCAUAUUUGUUAUCAUUUUUCAAAUUUUUCUUCAAUAAUAAUUCUGAGGAAGAUGAUACUAAAAAAGAAGAUUUUUUAGCUGAAGAACUUUUGAAUUUAGAAAUACAAUAUGAAAAUAGUCGAAGUGAAAUUAAGGUAACUGAACAAGAGAUACCCCGAAAUGCUGUUUGUUUUCAAAGAACAGGGAUCAUUACAUACAUAGGUGAAAAUAACUAUGUGCUUAUUGAUGGAAUGCUUUACUACGAACUAGUAAAUUGCACUUUGAACUUGAAUGUUAAUGACAAAAUCCUUUACUUGUGUUAUAAAGAUUCUAAUGAUGCUAUAGUUGUUGUAAGAAUUCUGGAGAACAUGGGUGUAUCUUGGACUGAUGAUAAUGAAGUUGAAGAAAACAGUUUUAAAGUUAUAGAACACAUUUUGGUAGGGGAAGUGGACUAUAGGCAAGAUCGUUUUGUAUAUAUCAAGGAUAAUGAUUUGAAAUUUAGUUUGGACAAUGUAGAAGGGACUAUGAUUCCUAUAAAAGGAGAUUGGUUGGAAAUGAAAUGUACAGUGCAAUGGGAUGAAGAUAAACCCUCUGAUAUAUCUGUGGCACAGGUAUUAGAAGUUAUAUCAUUCAGGCCAUUGAGGACUAAAGUAAAAAGUGCAACUAUCACCCAGUGGUCUGAUGAUUCUGGAACAUGUGACAGACAGAUUUAUUUCAACAGACAUUGUUUACAAAAUGGAGAGGAGCCAAAGGUUGGAUACAAGGUCAUGGUGGAAGCAAUUGAAAGUAAUCAAGGGCUUUGUAGCUGGAGGGCCAUUAAAAUGGCCAUUCUUGACAAUAACGUAAAUGAUCCUGUUGUAUUGAAAACUGAUAAUGAUGUGAAUUUGAACUUGGAAAAAGAAAAAAAUCUUGAUAUUACUUAUCCUCUGCAAUUUGACAAAGUUAGCUUUCAUGAGACAGCCUCAAUCAUUUUAAAUAUAACAAAUAAUAGUAAUGAAACAUAUACUUUUAAUAAAUGGAUAAUUCUUUCUAAAAAACGAGAUUCUCAGGUCAAUAUUAAGCCUUACUUGAGUAGGCCAGAGAAUGUUUACCCAGGACAAACAUUUAAACUAACAGUCAUUUGCAAUCCAAAGUUUUUGGGGAAAACAAAUGAAUGCCUUGUUAUGUUAUUUAGAGGAUUCCAAGUGAAAAGAUUUAUAGAAAUUAACAUUGUUGAUAAUAAUGUUUCAUCUACUUUAAAUGGUAUCUCAUAUACAAAUUUCAAACCAGGGAAUGAUAGAUUAGCUAUAAUGAAAGAAAUGAGAAAGAAAAGUAAUGAAUCAUUUAUACCUGGUGUGAGGCCAGUGAAGCCUCCUGCUUUUGUUCCUGUGAGAGUCGGAAAUUUUCCUAUUCCAGACAAGGUAUGGUGUGCAGUAUUAGGUGAUUCAGACCAAACCAUAUACAGUUCAGAUUACAAAACAAUCCUAAAUAGGAUCGAGUCAGACUUUUUUCCUUGUUUGUCCCAAGAACUAAAUAUUAAUAACUAUAUUGACAAAUGGCAUACUUUGUUAUACAUGGAGGAGGUACAAGCAAAUAUCAAUAUGAGAGCUUAUGAUAUGCCAAAAGCAUUCUUAAUACAGAGUCAGGAAUAUCUUAGCCUUGAAAUAAAAGGGUUAGCUGAGAGAAGACCAUCUCUUGUGAAAGGAGAUAGAGUUAUUGUAAAGGAUAUUUGGAAUGAUAGUGCUCCACAGUUUGAGGGCUAUAUUCAUUUAGUAAAAAAUGAUAUGAUUCUAAUGAAAUUCCACCAACAAUUCCAUGAAACUUACUCUGGCAGUGAUGUGUCAGUUGAAUUUCAUUUAAAUAGAUCAGUAUUUAGAAGGUCCCAUCAAGCUAUUAAUCUGGCCAUAUCUAAUUUAGGACCAGAUAUCUUGUUUCCAAGUCGUGUUUUGCCUCAUUCACAUCAGUUGCCACUGGAUAAAAUUAAAACCAUGAAUUGGUUUAAUGAAAAUUUAAAUGUUAGACAAAAAGCAGCUGUGACAAAUAUUUUACUUGGUGAGUGUCGACCAUUACCUUAUUGCAUAUAUGGACCUCCAGGUACAGGCAAAACUAUAACUGUCAUAGAAACUAUUUUGCAAAUAUUAACUCUUUUACCAGAUAGUAGAAUUUUAGUUGCAACUCCAUCAAAUAGUGCCGCAAAUUUAAUCACAGAACGACUUGUGGAAUACAAAAAUGUCUUACCAAAUUCUAUUAUACGUCUAAUUGCCAAUUAUUUGCUGGACUCAGAUAACAUUCCUGAUUCAAUCAAACCUUAUUGUGCGACUCUAGACAUAGCCAGAGAAAAUACUGCAAAGUCCAAACAUAUUGUCAAAGAUGGUGUAAAUAUCAAUUGUUCAACAUCUUAUAUUGGACGACAUAGAGUAACAAUUGGUACAUGUUGUUGUCUUGGAACAUUAGCUCAAAUGGGGUUGCCUAAAGGUCACUUUACUCACAUAAUAAUUGAUGAAGCUGGUCAAGCAACAGAACCAGAAAUAAUGAUACCUAUGACAUUCAUUGACAAAGACAGUGGACAGAUUAUAUUAGCUGGUGAUCCAAUGCAACUAGGACCAGUAAUAUUGUCCAAAUAUUGCCAGGAAUUUAAUAUGGAUGAAUCUUAUUUGUCAAGGAUACUUGAAACAUUCCCAUACCAAAAAGAUUAUGAUGCAUAUGAAAAUGGAUUUGAUUAUAGACUAGUUACAAAGUUAAAUGACAAUUAUAGGUCAUUAAAAGAAGUGUUGACUUUACCAAGUGAAAUGUUUUAUGAUGCGUCCCUAGUUCCAAGAAUAGAGCGAAAUCAGCAGUGGAUUACCAAAAUUUUAAAUGUCACUUCUGAAAUAUUUGAUACAUCAAAUGACAAAUCUGGUGGCAUUUAUGUAUAUGGCAUUAGGGGAGAGAACCUUAGGGCGGCAGACAGCCCUUCCUGGUAUAAUCCACAUGAAGCUUCAAUGGUGGCCUUGAUAACCUGCAAAUUGUAUAAAAAUAAAGUUGUUCCAGAUGAAAUUGGAAUAAUAACUCCUUAUAUAGCACAGAUAAAACAUUUACGACAUCUAUUUGAAGCAAUGGGAGUGCAGCAACCAAAAAUUGGUACAGUUGAAGAAUUUCAAGGGCAAGAAAGACCUAUCAUACUUAUUUCAACUGUUCGAUCAUCUGCUUCAUAUAUAUCAGAGGAUAUAAAACAUACUUUAGGCUUUAUAAAAAACCCAAAACGAGUUAAUGUCUCACUGACUAGAGCUCAAAUAGCUGUUCUUCUAUUCUGUGAUCCUCAUGUUCUCUCUAAAGAUCAUUUGUGGAAUCGAGUCAUAUUGCAAGCUGUAAAUGAAGAUAAAUAUAUGGGCUGUGACUUACCUUUUAAAUUUAAUAAAAUAAAUACAGUUUAAAGUAUAAUCAAA